CAUCGAUUCCUCCUUGCCUAACCUGUACGCCUCCUCCUGUUCCUUAUUAGUACCUACAAUGUUUCUCUGUUGCGAUCUCCUAUGCAUAAAUCAUUACCUCUUUUCUUCUCCUUUAAUACUAAUACAUUAUACUGUCUUUUUAGGGUUUCCUUUGCGUUUCUUUUUAGCAACAAUCAUUCAAAAACCCAUCACUUACAAAAUAUCACUCUUAACUGUUCCAUUCAACUCAUGAGAAUCAUCACUCUAUUGAUUUUCCAAAUAAGCCAUGUCUAAUACUAAUAAACAAAUCUCAAAUCAUGGGCUGGUUUUUGUUAAGCUCCUUUUCUUUCUCUAUACGGCACCGUUUAUAUCAGCCCAGCAAGAAACACCGUUACCUUCUGACCCUGGAACCCCUCCGAUACAAAGUUUUAACCCUUCACUUGCAAUAUUAAUGGUGAUCAUCGUAAGUGCUUUCUUCUUAUUGGGCUUUUUCUCCGUUUACAUUCGCCAGUGUGCUGACCGGAGAUAUCGUCAUGGAGGUAACUUCAACCCUUCUGGCUCCCCUCUCGGCGGCGGAGGACGGUGGUCGAGGAGAGGGCAGCAAGGUCUUGACGCUCAGGUUAUUGACACGUUUCCUACAUUUCUUUAUUCUAUAGUCAAAGGUCAUAAACUCGGCAAGGACUCGCUAGAAUGUGCGGUGUGUUUAAACGAGUUUGAAGAUGAUCAAACGCUGCGUUUAAUCCCCAAGUGCUGCCAUGUUUUUCAUCCUGAUUGUAUCGAUGCAUGGCUCGCUUCUCAUACUACUUGUCCUGUUUGCCGCGCCAAUUUGGUUCCCAAGCCAGGUGAUUUGGCUUUUGAUUCGGUUAGUUUCUUUGAACCGAAUAACAAUAACAACCCGAUUGAACAAGACCAACUCCCACGGUCUAAUAACGAGAUACAAACCGAUGUUCUAAUUCAUGUUUGUGAUGAUGAUCCCCAUCAACAAUCUCCAGAAGUGAUUAUCUUAAACACAGGCAACCAGAAUAGGCCACCUCGAUCAUGGUCAACUGGGUGGCGAUUCGGUAGGUUAUUUCCAAGAUCACACUCGACCGGGCAUUCAUUGGUUCAACCGGGUGAAAAUUUGAACCGGUUUACUUUAAGAUUACCUGAAGAUAUACGGAGCCAGUUGAUGAAUACCCAUUUGAACCGUACAAAGAGCUGCGUGGCAUUUCCUAGAGCUUCAAGUACAAAGAAAGGAUACAGAAGUAGGAGUGGAGGCAGUUGGCGCAGUAAAAACUUUUUUUACCAUGAACGGGAAGCUCGACCGGACCGUUCUGGUUUAACAUUGACUCCGCCAUUUAUUUCUAGAACCGGUUCGGUCCAGUCUUCGAAGGGAGUAGGUGGUAGUGAUGAGGUGAAUGCUACUCCACCAAAGAAUUUCUUUAAGUCCGCAAAAUCUCCGUUUGAUCAGUUUUUUGUUGGACUGGAAAAAAACAGCAGUAAAAAAGACAUUGGUGAAAGGUCCUCUGAUUGGCUAAGGGCUGAUGACGUGUCAUCUGAUAGUAGAAUUUAGACUUUUAGAGGGCAUCUAUGGAUGGGUUUCACCAAAUUAAGAAUUUGUUGUACAUAAUUUCAUCUGUAAUUGAUUGAUUGUAUUUUCUUUGAAAUCUGAAAUCUAUAUUUUAUAUUUUUUUGAA